AUGACUGAACCGAUUGCAAAGACCGCGCCAUUCCGGCCGCAAGAUCACCUGAAACCAUUCCCACCAUUAUCACCAACAACUGAGCCAUUGGAAUCAAUCCCGCAAGAACAGCCGAACGAGAAUGGAACAGCCCACACCAAACACGACGAAACCAUCCCCCCUCUCCCAACCGUGAUCGCACGCAUCCACGCCCGCGUACAAGCCUUCCUAAACGAAUCCCACGCCCCGGACACGCUGCUAGCCUCCGUGCAACGACAAACGCGGAUCUCGCUAGAAGUAGUCCGCACCGCACUGCAGCGAUACAAGCUCUCCGAACUCUCCGUCUCCUACAACGGCGGCAAGGACUGUCUAGUCCUUCUAAUUCUCUUUCUGGCCGGGUUGCAUCCACGCGCCCGCAAUGACUCCCCCUCCAAUGCCGAGGCAAACACAAACCCCUCCCCCGCAGACGUGGAUGCAGAGGCCCAAAUAGCCGCUGCAACGGUCAUCCCGGCGAUUUAUGCGCUCCCGCCUGAUCCGUUCGAUUCAGUUGAAGAGUUCGUCGUUUCCUCCGCUGAAGCCUAUCACCUCGCCAUUACGAAAUAUACGACUGCGCCGCCGGCUUCGACGCUCCGCUCCAGCUUUGAGGAUUAUCUGGCGCGACACCCUGGGAUUCGGGCGAUAUUUGUCGGUACACGACGCACAGAUCCGCAUGGUGCGCAGCUGACACACUUUGAUCGGACGGAUGGGGGGUGGCCUGAUUUUGUGCGCGUGCAUCCCGUGAUUGAUUGGCAUUAUGCGGAGAUUUGGGCGUUUAUUCGGCAUCUGGAUUUGAGGUAUUGUUCACUUUAUGAUGAGGGAUAUACCAGUCUUGGUGGUACCUCUGAUACCCAUCCUAAUCCGAGAUUGCGGAUUGGCGCUGAAGCUGAUGGACAGUAUCUUCCUGCUUACCAACUCACUGAGGAUCUGGAGGAGAGACUUGGGCGCAAUUGA